AACCAAUCAAAGUGUGGCUGCCCUACCAGAGGAACAAAUUUUCCAAACAAAAAUUAAAAAGACUCCAUUAGCACCCAGGUCAACAAACAGCUACACAUCCACAUUACCAUUAAACAAACACACAAUAAUCAAUCUUUGUGCUACUAGUACCCAAACAAACCAAAGCAAAGGACUCAAAAAACACAAAACAAAAAACAAAAAAGCAAGAACCAAGAUUCCCAAACCAGAUCCUAUCCAUACAUACACAUAUACACACACAGAGCUGAGAAAUCAAAAGGGUGUGUAGCCAUGGUGGUGGGGAGGCUUGUAUUAGUUGCCUUGACGAUAUUUGUAGCUGUGGUGAAUGGGAACUCAGAGGGCGAUGCGCUGUACGCGCUGCGGCGGAGCGUCAAGGAUCCAGACAACGUGUUACAGAGCUGGGAUCCUAACCUAGUCAGCCCUUGUACUUGGUUUCAUGUCACCUGUAAUCAGGACAAUCAAGUCACUCGCCUGGACCUUGGAAACUCAAAUUUGUCUGGUCAUUUAGUUCCUGAUCUUGGGAAACUCGAACACCUGCAGUAUUUAGAGCUUUACAAAAAUAACAUUGGAGGAACUAUUCCUGCUGAGCUUGGUAACUUGAAAAAUCUAAUAAGCCUAGACUUGUACAACAACAAUAUUACAGGGAAAAUUCCUGCUACACUAGGGAAGUUGAAAUCAUUAGUGUUCAUGCGUCUUAAUGACAAUCAUUUGGUUGGGAGGAUCCCAAGGGAACUUGCCAGUAUAUCCAGCCUAAAAGUGGUGGAUGUAUCAAGCAACAAUCUGUGUGGACCAAUCCCUACCACAGGUCCUUUUGAGCAUAUCCCACUUAAUAAUUUCGAGAACAACCCUCGACUUGAAGGGCCAGAGUUGCAGGGACUCGCAAGUUAUGAUACAAACUGCACAUAAUUAAUGGAAGAUCAGAUGCAGAGAGGUGCAGCACUCUUCCAGUGUGUGUAUUAAGUAUUUUGCUCCAUAACCAAUAUUGAAGAACUAUCUUGUACCUAAAGAUGCAAAUCUACUAAUAUUCUUAUGAGACUAGGUUAUGAUAUAACCUAACUAUUAUUGUGGCACGAAAUGUAACUAUUGUGUAAUACGUUCUUAUUGGGGUAUAUGAACCAAGGGUUUGUUGCA